ACUUUUGUGUCGUGUCCUGAAAUCAAUCGAGCCGGAUCGCUAGCACCACAUUGGCCAUCGCGGCAUAGCCCUACAUCGUUGUCCUAUAGCGCAGAGUGACACAUCUGGCAUUCGGCAAUUGCGAUCUGAGCUCAGACGCAAGCCCAUCUUUGUUGCCCCCCCUGUACCCAGCAGAUCAGAACACCUUUCAGGCACAGAGCCGCUCACAUUGCACGACACGAACCUCGACAUCAUGUUGUCGCUCAGUACGUCCGAUCUCAUAUUGCUGGCGAUCGUCGGCCUCGGCGCGAUUUGGUACCUCUUUGGUACGGGCAUUACCAAUAGCGCGGUGGUCAAGCCGCCAGCGACCAAUGGCCUGCACAAUGGCAAUGGCAAGCUCAAUGGCGAUCCCCCGACACGCAACUUUGUCGAAGCCAUGCAAAAAGCGAACAAAAAGAUUUGUAUCUUUUACGGCUCGCAGACAGGCACUGCCGAAGACUAUGCGUUGAGGAUAGCAAAGGAAGCGAAGAGUCGCUUCGGAUUGUCCAGUCUCGUCUGCGAUCCCGAAGACUAUGACUUCGAUAUGCUGGACACAGUGCCCGAAGAUCAUCUCAUCGUAUUCGCUGUAGCGACCUACGGCGAGGGCGAACCGACAGAUAAUGCUGUUCAGCUCAUGGACUUUAUCAAGGAUGAGAGCAUCACAUUCUCAAACGGCUCCGACAGACUCGACAACUUGCACUACGUCGUCUUUUCGCUGGGCAAUCGUACAUAUGAGCAGUUCAACGCUGUCGGGCGCACACUCGACUCUCGUCUAGCGAGCUUGGGCGCCAAGCGCGUCGGAGAGCGUGGCGAGGGCGACGAUGAUAAGAGCAUGGAGGAGGAUUAUCUGGCGUGGAAGGACGACAUGUGGAAAUCAGUGACAGAGGUCAUGGGCUACCAAGAGGGAUCGGGUGGCGAUACCGCCGAUUUCGAGGUCAAGGAGCUAGGCCAGGAUAUCCAUGACAAGGUCUACGCUGGCGAGCUGUCUGCUCGUGCGCUCAACGGGACUCGGGGCGUGCAUGAUGCUAAGAAUCCAUGCCUGGCCAAUCUUGUCAGCUGCAAAGAGCUUUUCAUGGCGGGCGAUCGCAACUGUAUCUUUGCCGAGUUUGACAUCAAGGACACUGGUAUGCGAUAUCAGGCCGGCGAUCAUCUAGGCCUGUGGCCCAUGAGCCCGGAUCCCGAGGUAGAGAGGAUGCUCAAAGUAUUGGGGCUUGUCGAGAAAGCACAGACAGUCGUCGAGAUCACUUCGCUCGACCCGGCGCUCGCCAAGGUGCCGUUUCCAACGCCGACGACGUACGACGCCAUCUUCAGGCACUACCUCGAUGUUUGCGCCCUCGUCGGUCGACAGACUAUCGCUGCAGCCGCAAAGUAUGCGCCGACACCAGAAGCACAGCAAUAUCUCGAGCGACUCGGUAGCGACAAGGCAGCGUAUCAGUCCGAGGUCGUCGACAAUUGCUAUAAGCUGGCCCAGGUUUUGAUCGUCGCCACCGGCGGAAACCCUCAUGCAGACCCAGCAACAGCGCACUAUACCCCUUGGUCGAUACCGGCAGAGCGAGUGAUCACUUACCUGCCGCGACUACAGCCGCGCUAUUACAGCAUCAGCUCUUCGCCUCGCUACACGGCAGAUCUCGUCCACAUCACCGCCGUCGUCACGAAGGAUCAGGCCGGCCGAGAUGCAUCGAAGGGAUCCUACGUCUAUGGUGUCACGACCAACUAUCUCCUCAACGCUAAGUUGAAGACGCACGAGCAAAGCGAGAGGCUAGAUAUGCAGAACGACAGCCUGGGUCGCGUGCGUGGAUCUGAUGCACCUUCGUAUCGCCUCGAUGGCCCUCGAGGCAAGCUACGCCAGGAUAGCGGGGGCUACAAGAUGCCCAUUCACAUCAGGAGAAGCAACUUCAGACUGCCCACGAGCCCGAAAGUGCCCGUGGUGAUGAUCGGGCCCGGCACAGGCGUGGCGCCUUUCCGUGGCUUCUUGCAAGAUCGGUUGGCUCUCGCUCGCAAGGCGAAAGCCAAAGAUGGCGAGGGUGCACUGGCCGAUUGGGCAGACAUGGUACUCUAUUAUGGCUGCCGACGCAAGGACCAGGACUACUUGUAUGAAUCCGAAUGGAAGGAAUACGCCGCAGAGCUCGACGGCAAGUUCACCAUCCAGACGGCUUUCUCUCGCGAGCCAGGACAGCCGAAGCAAUAUGUGCAGCAGCUCAUUCGUGCACAGAAGGAUCACAUCAAGAGCCUACUAGUCGACAAGAAGGGGUACGUGUAUAUCUGUGGCGACGCAAAGAACAUGGCAAGAGAAGUCGAAGAGGUGCUCAAGGAGCUGCUCGGUGAAGCGACGGGAGAGCCAGGUGAAAAAGCAUACAAGACCAUGAAGGAUCGCAACCGUAUCCUUCUCGAUGUUUGGUCUUGAGCAAAUACUAGAUUGUCUGAUGUUGUCAUCACUUGCUAGAAUGUACAACGUGCAGCUCUUGUACAACAUCAUACAAUGCUGCUCAAUCUAGAUCGAGGUCGUCCGAUCUCGUCUUGUC